AUGUCAGCUCUGUUCAACCUAGAGGCUAUGAUAACUGUCAUAAUUUUAUGCAUAUGUACAUGCACAUAUUUGAAACCCAAAUUUCCAAACAUCUUUGAUAAUAAGAAAAACGGAUUUCUUGGAACACUGGGAAAGUUUGCAGUUAUUGGUGAUCGGUUAUCGAUAUAUGUAUCUAUCGCAUGUGUUAUUCUAGCAUUUGUUAAUAUAUUUCUAAGAUAG